UUUAAAUAUGAAAGUCAAAAUUGACAACUGGAAGGCAGUCUCGUUCUGGAAAUGGCAAUUUGAUAGAGACAUUUGCUCAAUCUGUCAGGAUGUAUACGAGAGAGCUUGUGCUGGCUGUACAUACCCGGGAGAGGAUUGUCCACUCGUACUCGGAAACUGAGGACACAAGUUCCACCUACACUGAUUCAUAAAAUGGCAGGAAGCUAACCAUGAAGAAUGUCCCAACUGCAGGGUCAAAUUCAAGAUCACUGAAAUUAACGAUAAUUAGUUAUUUGCUACAAAAGAUGCUAAAAUUUACCAGAAUUCUUCAAAUUCAAUAAAAU